CAGUUACACUCAAGUUACAGUUACAAUCAAAAAAUUGGAUGCUAAUUAAAAACAAUUCAUUCACGCAUAUAUCAGUUCAUUUUCUCAUGACAAUUCCUGUCAGAUUUUCUCGUUGAAUAUUUUUUUGUAAUGAAUUUAUUGACGUAGUUUAUUAUAUAAAAACCUAGUCGAUGUUCGGAAAAAAUGUUUGGAAAUCCUGAUUUCGAACAACGUGAAAAGGAAGAAGCAUGGAGAAACCGAAUAAUAUAUACACCACCGGUCCAUGUAGGACAAUGGUUCGAAGAAGUGAACAAAAUGCGGGAAGAAUUGAAAACGAUUCAAUUUAAACGGGACCGUUGCGAUCUUUUAGUUCAGAAAACGAGAGCCAUGUACAAAAAUGUACUACGUCCAAUGCGUAUAGCAAAAGACGCACCAACAAUCGAAUUCGGUAAAAAUUAUCUCCUCAAAUCCCCCGAUAUUCCAGCUAGAACAGUUAUUGGGCAAAACGGUCAACCAAAACUGAAAUGUGGCGUAUACUUAGCUGCAAUAAUAGACGAAAAAAUAAUUGAUACAGCGCAACAAUUUAUAAAGGGAUGUCUUCUAACAGCAUGUUUGGAGCGAUUGCCUUGUGUAAGGAACACAUUCACCUUCGAAGGGUGCGAUGGUCAAGAAGAGGGUAAAAGAAUCCAUUACGGAGAAGAUUUUUACAUUCGCAUUGCUGGAUCCGAUGGUCUUUACGUUCAGUGUGAAAAUUCAACUAUGAACGAUUUUAACGAGCAUCUUAGUGUACGUCUAACCGACUGUCCGAAUGGUUAUUCAAGAUUUAACAUAUUAAACGUCGACAAGGAUCUUAGAGUCGAAACAUGGGGCUAUGACGCUCCUCCAAAUGCAAAGAUUAUAAUUCAACAUACUGCUUCAGGUAGGAACUUAGCUGUGGAGAAAACCAAACUUAUACCCACAUUCUAUGGCCCUGAAUAUAAAGUUUCUUGUCACAAUUUUGUAAGUAUACAAACGAAGACUGAAACGGUUGAGAACUAUUGGAAGGUGUGGACAGAACAAAAAAUUGACAUGAACGCAAUUGUCAGGGCAGCUAAAGGGGAAGAAGUUGACGAUGAGUUGCUACCGGACUGAAAAUAGUUGUUUUCAUGACUUUUUUAAAUUUGCAUGUUUCUUGUCUCAAUAAAAAUAGCGAACAACCAGUCUAA